AUGAGCUCCUCCUGGGACACAUGGGUGUCCUACUUCCGGGACUCCGUUCAGAACAUGAUGCUUAACGAGGAGCAGAUCAAGGAGUCCCUCCUGAAGGAGUGCCACACUAAAGCUGCCCUGUUUUGCCCCUCUUCCGGCAACCCUCUAGCCGCUGAUCAAGGUUUCGACCACUUUAAGUCUAGAGACGUAUUGAGGCUAUGUAACGGAGUGGCCGGGGAUCAAGAUGUGUUUUCAGGACUAUCGUGGGGCAGUGACCCAGACUCACCCUCAGGGUACAGCAUAAUCCGACUAGUCACAUACCCCCUCAACAGCUCAGUGUAUCCAGAUUUGUCUGCCAAUAUUCUUUAUGGUAGAAAUAAGACGUUCCCAGAAGAGAGUAUAUUCGUGUGUAACUCGCUCACAGCAUGCGUUGUAAUACUGUUCAGAUUGAAGGGGGCUAACAAGGGGCUCAUCCACAAGGCCAUGAAUCACUUUGUGGAGGCCAUCUCUAAAGCUAUUGAUUUAGGAGUGUAG